CCUAUAGUGGUAAAAUGCCUCUAACAUCAACUCAAAUUAUACCCCCAAAACCUUAUCCAACUUUUCCAUGACAAUCAUCACACUCUCCUUCCCUUCCACAAACCCCUCCUUCUUCUCUUCCUCUCCAAAACCAUUCAAAUUCAAACCCAAAUCCUCUCCACAACUUUCACCCACUCCCUCUUCACUACCCAAAACAGGUAAAGUCAUUAUAAUUGGCGCCGGCCUCGCCGGCUUAGCCGCUGCCACCCACCUCAACUCCCAAAACAUCCCUUUCCUCCUCCUCGAAUCCUCCAACGCCGUCGGUGGCCGUGUCCGCACCGACAUUGUCGAAGGCUUCCGCCUCGACCGCGGCUUCCAAAUCUUCAUCACCGCUUAUCCAGAAGCCCAAAAACUCCUCAAUUACCAAUCCUUAAACCUCCAGAAAUUCUACUCCGGAGCUAAAAUCUUCUACGACGGCAAAUUCCACACCGUCGCCGAUCCACUUCGCCACUUCUUCGAUUCAGCAAAAUCACUCACUAACCCCAUCGGUUCCAUCUACGACAAACUUCUAAUCGGAACCACCAGAAUCGGCGUCCUCACAAAAUCAGAUGAACAAAUUCUUACAUCAGAAGAACUCUCUACAAUUGACUUGCUAAAGAAGCUAGGGUUUUCCAAUUCCAUUAUCACAAGAUUCUUCCGGCCUUUUUUCGGCGGAAUCUUCUUCGAUCCAGAGCUCGAAACAACUUCAAGACUAUUCGAUUUCAUCUUCAAGUGUCUCGCACUCGGUGAAAAUACUCUCCCGGCGAACGGUAUAUCGGCGAUUCCUGAACAGUUAGCGGCGAGGUUGCCGUCAGAUUCAAUCUUGCUAAACACGGAAGCAGUUUCCAUUGAUUUCGGUGGCUCUGAAUCGCCACGCGUGAGGUUGAAAAACGGCGACGUUUUGAACAGCGAGUUAGGAGUGAUCGUGGCCGUUGAAGAACCGGCUUUGGUGAAACUAUUGGCGGGGAGAAAAAACCCGGUUGUUAAAAAACCGGUUCGUAGUACAGUUUGUUUAUAUUUUACUGCGGAACCGGAUUAUAUCCCGGUUCGUGAUCCGGUUCUGUUUCUGAAUGGUUCGGGUAAGGGAAUAGUGAAUAACAUGUUUUUUGUUACGAAUGUAGCUCCUUCAUAUGGUCCACCAAACAAGGCAUUGGUUUCGGUUUCAUUGAUUGGGUUAUUUGAGGGUGAACCGGAUGAUGAGUUAGUGGGAAAAGUGGUUCAAGAACUUUCGGGUUGGUUUGGAGAUAGAAUGGUGAAAGAAUGGAAGCAUUUGAGGACUUAUAGAAUUGAGUAUGCACAACCGAAUCAGUGUCCACCCACGAAUUUGAAGAAAAACCCGAAUGUUGAACCGGGUUUGUAUUUGUGUGGUGAUUAUUUGACUUCAGCUACUUUUGAUGGUGCUUUGGUAUCUGGGAGGAGAGCAGCUGAAUCACUCUUAAAGGAUAGAGCCUUCAUUGGCUGAUGCUUCAUGAGUUAAUUACUUGUCACUUUUGGAGAAUUCUUUUCUUAUUCUUUGUUUACAUUGCAAUUGCAUGAAAAAUGUAACCUUUUGUGAUAAAAAAAAAAAAGAAAAACUAUAUAUAUAUAGCUUACAACAUAAAAAAAAGCACAUAUGGUAUAUCAAUAAUAUCGUAGAAUAUUCAAUUAGGAUAUAUUUGAUAGAGGUCUGGAUCUGAUGGAGAUUUAAUUUUUGGAGGGUUUUAGGGGAGAAGAUUUUGAAGAGUUGUGUUUAUAUUUUGAAAUAUGUUUGAUAUUUUUAAAAGAGAGGGUUAUAUUGACUUCAAGAGUAAGGCUCUGUUUGGUAAAACUAGCUGAAAGCUGGUAGCUUUUAGCUGGUAGCUGAUAGCUUUUAGCUGGUAGCUGGUAGCUGAUAGCUGGUAGCUGAUAGUUGAUAAGCUAAUGUGAGUGUUUCGUAAAUUAGCUGUUUCAUUAGCUGGUAGAUACAAAAUGACAUUAAUGACAUUUUAAUUAAUGAGGGUAGUAAUAUAUUUUAGUUAAAAUAAUAAGGGUAUUAAUGGAAGAAAAACUCACAAGCUAAAAGCUACAAGCUCAAAAGCUACUUCAAAUAGCUUUUGAAAAAAAAGCUAAAAGCUAGUAAAAAAGCUACAAGCUAAAAGCUAAAAUAGAGUUACCAAACAGAGCUUUUUU